GUCAAGUCCUUCCGAGUCCUAGAUCCCGUCGACUUGCCAUUUGUUUAUAUUUCCAAUGUCCUGCCAGGAAGCCAAAGUUGCCGAAUCGUGGUCUCUACCUGAACUCUUAUAGCCGCCACGAGAACAUGGACGACAUUCACCGCCACUUUGGAAGCCACAGUCUCUGGGAGAAGUACGACGUUGCCAAGUCUCCCAGCUUUGACGUGACCGAGCUAUGGAGCAGCCACGAUGGCUCCGACAGCUUGGAAGCCGAACAUAGGACUCUGUCCUCGGCAGAUCUCCACAACUGGCUCGAUGAGCUCCCGCACAAAUCAUUCCAUGGCGAAGCACACGUACGAACCGCCCGUCUCCUCUGGGUCGGGGAGAAUCCGAAAACAUGGCGCUGGGGUCCGUCCACGAAAGACCUGGAACACAUCCUCGACACCUGGAAGUUACAGCACGCGGUAGACUAUGCCCGGAGCUGCUUUGCCGGCGUGUCUGCGCUGCCACCCCAAGACGGCGCCCGCUGCUUCACCGUCACAUACCACCCGAAGCUGGCAUUCGCCUGGUCAUACACCGUCUCAGACGGCCGGCCGCACAUGCAGGGAGUCAUAUUCGCCGGCGCCGAGCAGCGCGGAGAGCUUCUCGACAGCCUCGAGUGUCGAUGGAGCGCCGCCCUAGCCGGCCAACCCAUGUUCCCCGCCCUGCUGUGCAGCCUAGUCCUGGCCGGCGAGUUCGACGCCACGGCGGCGGCCAUCAAGUCGGACGUGCGCGAGGUCGAGGUCCGCACCGGCCACCACCGCUUCUCCCACCGCCAGGAACGCCCCGCCGGCGGCGAGCUGGGCGACCUGUCGGCCAAGAUGAGCGGCUGCGCGGCCAAGCUGGCGAACGGGACGCGCAAGCUCAAGGUCGUCGAGGCCCUGAACGAGUUCAUGCUUGGGCACUCCCGGGGCGGGGCUCGCGGAGACGACGGCGGCGUCGAUGCCGGUGAGAUGCUGUCGCAUCACGUCCGGCUGAUGAAGCAUCGACUGCAGAUGCAGCUCGUGGAUAACGAGUACGUGCAGCAGCGCGUGCAGGUGCAGAUCGCGGCGCUGUUCCACCUCAUCGCCCAGCAGGACAAUGCCAUUGCGUUUGCGAACGCGAGCUCGAUCCGCAGUAUUGCACAGUCUAGCCAGGAUGACUCCUCGUCCAUGAAGAUGCUCGCCCUCGUGGCCAUGUUCUUCCUUCCCGGCAGCUUCGUCGCGGCCCUGUUCUCCACGUCGCUGUUUGACUGGGACGGCGCCGCACGGUCGGAUGAUCGCUCGUCAAUUGGGAUAGGCUUGAGGCCGCAGUUUGGGCUGUUUUGGGCGGUCACGCUGCCGUUGACGGCUGUGACGUUUGGGCUGUAUACGGUGUGGAUUAUAUCGCAGAGGAGGAAGCGGAAGAGGAAGGAGAAGCGGGCUGAUCUGAAGUUGGUCACGGUUCUAUAGCUGAUCUGGAGCCUGGUAAUGGUGUCUGGAGCUAUUAUUGUAAACCUUUGCCCCAGUGGGUGGGCUUUUGGUUGCCAAAGUGCUUGUUUAUUAUUCCCCGAUGGGUGCGGCGAUGAUGUUGCCUUGCUCAAAGGUCAACCGUCGAAACUGGCCGUGUUGUUUACCAUUAUUACAUUGAAAAGAGACUGCAAAACAUUCCCCACCGAGAAUGGAAGGGCGGUCUCGGUCACCAUCUGAGAGUCGCAAGUGGUUCCGAGUCGGCCUCCCGGACCGAGGGGCCCAGAGGUGGGAAGAAGUUGACGAGAGAGAGACUGCUUAGC